AUGAAGACGACCAAGGUCGUGGGCAUGUGCGACGGCACCCGAGCCCAGCACUUCCACCAGAGUGCCCACAACGCCAAGAACAACGGGGCCCGCCACUACCUAUGCUGCGAUAAGGCGAGAGUCAAGUCGUACUGCAUGACCAUCUCCCAGGCUCAAGCGUGCGGGCAUAUCCACCCUGGCGGGUCCAUCACGGCGAUGCCAGUCCAUGCAAAGACACGACACCUCAUGUACAAACGAAGGAAGAAGCGAUCGAAUGCCAUAGGAAGCAGAAGCCUCACGAAUCCGUCGAUGCCGCCGACGACACAUAAUCACCAUCAUCACCCAUCGCUUCCAACCACGUCGCCAAUGCCCGCCGAAGUCGACGAGACGAGACAUGCAAGAAACCCCAUGCUUCAUACUCGCAAGGCCCCCCAAGACCCGCAUGUCGACCCGCGAUGCGACACAUCCACCUCCUGCGACUCCUCGUAGCAUGGCGUCGCUGUCUGUAGGAGGACGCCUGGAGCUCAUCAUGCCUGUUAUCCCAAUACUUCCCGAUAAUCACGACAAUCCGUAGUCACCCCGUUAGUUGCAUUAGUGGGUCAUCAAGAAACGCACCUUAGUCUCC